AUGGUAUCAGAGCGACGGUCGAGCUCAUACGCCGCCGCCGUUACCGGCGAAGCCAGCCAAGGAGGACAUGCAACUACACCAGCAGUUGGAUUGCCAACACGCACGUCCUCAACAGCAACUCCACAGAGGAGUCUUCAUCUGCAAAGGAGCUAUGCAGUGGAAGAUAUGGAGAAUCCAUAUUUCCUCAGUGCAAGCGAAAAUCCUUCUGUGAUUCUGGUUAGUCCGCUUCUAGCAGGAAGUUCCAACUACGCUUCCUGGUCAAUCUCGAUGAAAAUUGCUUUGGAAGUCAAAAACAAAUGGUGCCUCGUCGACGGAAGUCUUCCGGCACCAAACAGAGGCAACAGCCGCUAUGGAGCUUGGAGGCACUGCAAUUUGAUGGUGUGCUCGUGGAUUUUUUAG